CAGUAGCUGGGAGCCGCCGCCGGAGCAGCCAUGGCCGAGAACGCCGCCGCCGCCGCGGGCCUGGAGAACCACCGCAUCAAGAGCUUCAAGAACAAGGGCCGCGACGUGGAGACAAUGAGAAGACACAGAAAUGAAGUAACAAUUGAACUGCGGAAGAACAAAAGAGAUGAACAUCUUUUGAAAAAAAGAAAUGUCCCUCAAGAAGAAAGUUUAGAAGACUCGGAUGUUGAUGCUGACUUCAAAGCACAAAAUGUAACACUAGAAGCUAUAUUGCAGAAUGCCACAAGUGAUAACCCUGUGAUCCAGUUGAGUGCUGUCCAAGCUGCAAGAAAACUGUUAUCCAGUGACCGAAAUCCACCUAUUGAUGACUUAAUAAAAUCUGGAAUUUUACCAAUUCUGGUCAACUGUCUAGAAAGGGAUGAUAAUCCCUCAUUACAAUUUGAAGCUGCGUGGGCACUGACUAACAUAGCAUCGGGCACUUCUGCACAGACCCAAGCUGUGGUACAGUCAAAUGCAGUACCCCUCUUUUUGAGACUGCUUCACUCACCACAUCAGAAUGUUUGUGAGCAAGCUGUUUGGGCUCUUGGAAAUAUUAUAGGUGAUGGUCCUCAGUGUAGAGAUUAUGUCAUAUCACUGGGAGUUGUCAAACCUCUUCUGUCCUUCAUCAAUCCCUCCAUUCCCAUCACCUUCCUUCGGAACGUCACAUGGGUCAUUGUAAAUCUCUGCAGGAAUAAGGACCCCCCACCGCCAAUGGAGACAGUUCAGGAGAUUUUGCCAGCAUUGUGUGUUCUUAUAUACCAUACAGAUAUAAACAUUCUUGUGGACACUGUUUGGGCUUUGUCCUACCUAACAGAUGGUGGUAAUGAACAGAUACAGAUGGUCAUUGAUUCAGGCGUUGUACCUUUCCUAGUUCCCCUUCUGAGCCAUCAGGAGGUUAAAGUUCAAACAGCAGCACUGAGAGCAGUAGGCAACAUAGUAACUGGUACUGAUGAACAAACACAAGUUGUUCUCAACUGUGACGUUCUCUCUCACUUCCCAAAUCUCCUGACGCAUCCAAAAGAGAAGAUAAACAAGGAAGCAGUUUGGUUCCUUUCCAAUAUCACAGCAGGAAACCAGCAACAAGUUCAAGCUGUAAUAGAUGCUGGACUAAUCCCUAUGAUCAUACACCAGCUGGCUAAGGGGGACUUUGGAACACAAAAGGAAGCUGCAUGGGCAAUUAGCAACUUGACGAUAAGUGGAAGAAAAGAUCAGGUUGAAUAUCUUGUACAACAGAACGUAAUACCACCAUUCUGUAAUUUACUGUCAGUAAAAGACUCUCAGGUGGUCCAGGUGGUCCUGGAUGGGCUGAAAAACAUUCUGAUAAUGGCUGGUGAUGAGGCUAGCACAAUAGCUGAAAUUAUAGAAGAAUGUGGAGGUUUAGAGAAAAUUGAAGCCUUGCAACAGCACGAGAAUGAGGACAUCUAUAAACUAGCAUUUGAAAUCAUAGAUCAGUAUUUCUCUGGUGAUGAUAUUGAUGAAGAUCCCAGCCUCAUUCCUGAAGCCACUCAAGGAGGUACUUACAACUUUGACCCAACAGCCAAUCUUCAAACAAAAGAAUUUAAUUUUUAAGUUCAAUACAGUGCAGCUUCUCUGUCCCACACCAAUACGAAGCACCACCAAAUGGCUACCAAGUGAAAAAAAAAGGCUCCAAGACACACAUGCCUCCUCGUUUUGAUGCUUCUAAAGCAAGCCAUGUAUCGGUCACUUUGCAGUUGCCAAAAGUCACUAUCACGUGGACUGUAAAUGCAUAUGCAUGAUCUCUUAAACUGUUUUACAAUUCUUUUUAACAGUCCCAAUUACCUUCUUUUUUUGCCUUUUUCCCUGGUGCCACAUGCUGACAACCGCAAUCUGCAGUUUUGUUAAGAAAAUUUCAUAGUGGUGGCACAUCUGCUUUCCACGGAAAAGUAACUUCUUUGGAAAAUGGUGCGCUGUGGAUCAAGACACUUUGGUAUGAUGCAUACAUUUUGGAAGACUUUACAGGGGCACAGUUUGGUCUGAGCCUCCAUCGUCCUCCACAAACAUAUUUUCAUAUACUUUAUGUGGAAGAAUAGAUUCAAAAAUGCAAGCCAAAUGAAUUUCAUUGGUGAAACUGAAAUAAAAGUAACUUACACUUGGCAAUUGAUUAAACAGUUAAGUUUAAAAAACAAACUACUUCAUCUAUCAGUAAUUGAUGUGUGUUCAUUAACUGCCUCAGAAACCAGGGUUGGAGAAUGAACUGUAGAUUUGGACUGGUAAAGCUUUUGCCGUUAUACCUAAUUUUUGAGAACAGCGAGCCCUAUUUGACCACUCACUUCAGCCUGUGUGUUCCUGCUGUUUUGAAGUAAUCAGAUGCUGUGCAUGGUAUUUUACCUGAGCUACAACCUGUUAUGGACUUGAACUUCUGUUUAAGCUGAAAGCAAGAGUCCUUGACUAGAAAAAAAAUCUGUCCAAAACCACGCAUUGGUUAAAAAGAAUCUUGCUUUCAACUUCCAGUAGUCAGUAUAUUUCAUUUUAAAUUGAUAAUUGGAUAAGGUUGAUUUAUAUUGGGUUUAAACUGUGGAGCUUUCAUGUUUACUGUAAUUUAGUCUUAAACUAUUUUUUACUUAGUAACCAGUGCUUAUGAUGAUGUGGUUGGCAACAAACCAGCAGCUAUUUAGAAGCAUCAUAAAAGCUUCAUUCUUGGAGUAUUGGAAGAGUAAUUCAGAAAUGAGUCUAAAACCAUAUUCACGUGAUUUAAAAAAAUUACAAGCCAGUUGAUGUGUGAGGCUGUUUAGAAGCUGCAGUGUUUCAGCAUAAGCCUGAUAUGCAGCACACAUUACCAGCUUAUAUAAAGUUAUUUAAUAUGAGAGGUCAUUGCUUUCGGAAAGUCGUCUGGCCCAGUUAUUUUCAAAGGGAUUUGCUUUUGGUGGGGUGAAGAUGAAUAUUGAAACUCUGUAAGCUAUCACACAAGCUGGUUUUGUUGCCGUUGUUUACUGGGUGUAAUUUCCCAAUGCAUUGAUGUGAAGGGAUAGAAAAAUCUAAACUAAUUUAGUUAUUGGAUGUGGGUUGUAUUUACUGUGAUGAAGAUAAGGACAGAUGCCAUCAGAGCUUUGUGGAUCAGCUGUUUUUUUUCCACGGAUGAACAACACAUAGCAGGUGUGCAUUCAUUAAAUAUAUAUCUGCCAAGGUGGAGCCACUUUAAAGAGCGAGUUGUCUUGUAUCUUAAAUAGAUACAAGCGUAUGUUUAAAAUGCAAGAUUUUUACUUGCUAGAUAAUCUGUUUUAAUAUAGUGGUUUGGCCUCUGAUUAUUUAUAGGUUUUAUAAAUUUUAGAAUCAAUUUCUCUUUAAGGUGGCUCAGAUUUUUCAACUCUUGUGCACAUAAAAUUGAGUUGAAGUUCAUUGUGCCUUUUUUUCUUUUCCCAAAAGUUGAGUUGAAGCUUCAUAUGGUAACUGCAUCCUAGUCACAUACUAUAGUCUAAAAUCUUUAAACUGUGUGGUGUUUGCUAAAACUAAACAAUAUAAAGUCAAAGUUAGUAAGGUCACAAAGUUUUGUGAAAUUAGAGUUCCAGCUGAUGAUGAUGUGAACAAAUCUUCCCCCUCUUUAUUCUCAAUUUAGUUCUCUAUAUGCCAUAUAGACUGACAGUUACCCUUUUCAGCCUGCACUCGCGAUUUUCCUAGAGAUUACAUACAAAUUGAGAUUACAUUCAUGAUUUUCCACAACUGUGAAGAUCUAAUUUUUUUUCUUGCACUCAGUGCAUCACAUUAAAAGUGAACAUCGGAGAACUGAGUAAAGCACUACAAAGCAUUUGCUCAUUUCUUUCUGUUGUGACCUUAUCAGCUUUUGAUUGGGAUUGCACCAUUUCAUAGUUAAUAAAGGAAACCAAGUAUAUUGCUGCACUUUUAAGUUUUCAGAAGUGUUUAAAAAUUGCAUUGUUUUUAUUAUUUUUUUAAACUAUCAGUUAAAAUAGACUAAAACGUUCUUUCAAAAGAGGCAUCUAAAUGUGUUCCUAAUUUUGUAUAUGGGCUUAGGUUUUGUAACCAAUAAAAAGCUGCUAUCAAAUACUAUAAAACAUGCAAAAAACUUAUUUUGAAAACUAUCAAACUGUCUUUUCAAAUUGAUUUAAGGUUUUUUCUGUCUUUGACCAAAUUUUAGCUAGUAGAACUCCACAUCAAAGUUUGAAGUAUGUUACUUAAACACAAUAAGCUAAUGCAGUGAUCUUUGAAACUUUGAAUACUGUUCUAAUGUGGAGUUUUAUAUUUGCUAUAGAGUUGACCAUCCAGUGGAGGAAGGUUGUGUUACA